GCUGAAUUCUGAAAGGCACAAAUACAAAUGCAGGUUUCCACCUUUGCGAUUCAUCCUUUCAAAGUGAAUUUGCUAUUAGGAAAUCUUUCUUAGUUACAGAAAACACCAAGGGGAUUACCUCAAGAAAAAUAUUCAUAUGAUCUAUGAUCACAAGGCUUCUCCAGAAACAGAUGAAGGAAAGUGCUGGAGAAUUUUAAGAAGCGUAGAGACAACAGCACAGACAUUUGCUGCCAUUUUAUGGGAACCAUGGACAUCGAAUUUGUCACUGCUCUCCUUAGUGGCACUAGCUCCUACUCAUCUCCCCUCAGCAGGGUCACACUCUCCUGUGCAUUUGUCAUGCGGCUGACAGCACUGCUUACUGAGUCAAAGGUCUUCAAGAAAGAGCAAGACUUUGCCUGCAAUUCAACUCAACGUGGAUGUCAGACUGUGUGCUUUAACACCCUUUCUCCUUACUCUGCAGUCAACCUGUUUGCUUUACAACUUUUAUUCAUUUUUUCUUAUGCUCUAGCAGUUGCAGUCCACUUCCGAGAAAGCACUCUGGAAAAAAGUGCUACAUGGUUUAGAGGACCACUGAAAACCAAGUAUGGAAAAUUCAGGUUUCAUAUCCUAAGCCUCUUUGCUAAAUGUCUCAUAGAAGGGAUUUUUCUUGUUACAUUUUACCAACUCUCAGAUACUUUACUGAACUCAGGAACAAUGAACUGCAACUUAUAUCCAUGUGAACAACUAGUUAUGUGUGCAGUUUUGAAUGUAACAGAACAAGUACUUUUCAGUUACUUUAUGUAUGGGCUAUCUCUAGCAUGUGCACUUAUAUGUAUAGUUGAGAUUCAUUUUGCAUUCAAGGAUUUCCAGAAUCAAACAUUUCAUGACUAUCCUGUACAAAGGAACCCUUAAGGAAAACAUCAAUUUAAGGGUAUACUCAAAAGAUUAACACAAAAGUAAAAAUAUCAGAAAAAAAUACUUAUUAAAACCACACAUUUUCAAAAAGCAAAAAUGUUCAGAUGAAUUUGUGACCUUUUCACAGAAAAUGAAAAAUGUCAAGAGUUCUGUAGACAAGCUGCAUAUCACCUCUUCUACAUAAUACACAAGUUGCCAUAUUCCACAUUUGUGGUACUAAGGAAAUUUCAGUCUCAGUAAAGCAAUGUUAUCAUUUUGAUGGUGAAUAUCUUGUUUUGAAAAUAAACAUGAAAUGGUAUACU